AUCAUGGUGUUCUUGGGUCAAGACAUUGAAAUUACGAGAAUGGCCUCGGUUUAUUGCCUUUAUUCACUCCCAGACUUACUGACCAAUACGUUAUUACAGCCCCUGAGGGUUUAUUUAAGGUCACAGGGGGUGACUAAACCCCAGCUGUGGUGUACCUUUGUGGCUGUGAUAUUCCACGUGCCACUAAACUAUGUGCUUGUGGUGGUGAUGGGGCUGGGGGUCCCUGGCGUGGCCAUGGCUUCGGUGCUAACGAACCUGCAUAUGGUGGUGCUUCUGGUGGGGUACGUGUAUGUCUGGGGGAGGUGGGAGUGGAAAUGGAUGGCUGGGAUGGGAGAAGGGAUCUGUGGUGGGGUGGGGCCGUUGCUGAAGUUGGCUGUGCCAAGUUGCAUUGGGAUAUGCUUGGAGUGGUGGUGGUAUGAGAUUGUGACAGUCCUGGCUGGAUACUUGCCCAAUCCUAGGCUUGCGGUGGCUGCCACGGGGAUACUUAUUCAGACCACUAGCCUUAUGUACACUGUUCCCAUGGCGUUGUCUGGCUGUGUCUCUGCCAGGGUAGGCAAUGAGCUCGGGGCGGGGAAACCGUACAAAGCGAAGCUAGCUGCAAUGGUUGCGCUAGCCUGUGCAUUUGUUAUCGGAUUUGUCAACAUUAUUUGGACCGUGAUGUUUAGGCAUAAGUGGGGUGGCUUGUUUACAGAAGAUGACAUGCUCAAGGCUCUUGUUGCCUCAGUUUUGCCAAUCAUCGGGUUGUGCGAGCUUGGCAAUUGUCCACAGACCACUGGCUGUGGUAUUCUACGUGGUACAGCGAGGCCAGUGGUUGGUGCUCGUAUCAACCUUGGCUCGUUCUAUUUCGUGGGCACUCCUGUAGCUGUAGGCUUAGCCUUCUGGUUCCAUGUUGGCUUCAGUGGACUAUGGUUUGGGCUAUUAUCUGCUCAAGCUGCCUGUGCCAUCUCAAUUCUGUAUGUAGUGCUGGUCUGUACAGAUUGGGAAAGCGAAUCUUUAAAAGCCAAAAAGCUCACUAGCUUGGAGUUGACACAGAAGCAUGGUAAUGAUGAAGAGAAAGGACUUUUGAUGAAGCAGAAUGGACACACAGAAGAUGUUCCCUAAUUAAAAAGAAAAAUGAUUGCAGGAUUUUUCAGAGGUAUGGAAAUGUAAAGUACUUUCCAUUUUUUUUUUAAUUCCUUUGUGUUUCAGUUGCACUUGUCUGUAUGGGAGGAACGUUUAUGACACCUUUCUUGAGUUUUGUGAUCUAAAGGCAUGGGAUUUUUGUAAAAGGGGCUUCUUUGUUUAUACUUGCAGACGAAGAAUGUUAUGGUGGCCCGUACGAAUUUUCCAUUGUUUAAAGGCUAGAAACCAAAUUUUCUUUGCUUUUUGUCUGUGUUAGUGCUGUGCCUUUAUAAGGUAGACCCCAUCCUUCUUGGUGCAAAAUGUGUUGGUUACUUUUGAUUU